GAUAUAGUUUGGAGGCUGGGUCUCAGUAUGUUUGCUUAUAACGUCCACUAUCGGGAGCCAUCGUCGCCGGAGCAAAUGUCAUGGUUCCAAAAUAUCCUGAUUUAGGACGGAUAACUUUGCUAACAUAGCCACUGAUGCUGUCUCCCCCAAAGCCCCCCCCCCCCCCUCCCCCGCUCUAUUAUUAUUACUAACGUUAGCACAAAAACCUAAUCUGAGUUUGCAAAAAUUACCCAGAUCACAUCAUUGAUAGGUGGAAGUCUAACUUUAUUUUUAUUUUGGUGCUGUGCUGAUGUCAACAACCCGCCUAACACAAGCACCAAGCUCAACACUGCACCUACCUGAGGUGUCCGUGUAGAGUUGUAGCGUACACGAACAAUACACUGCACCUGAAUCAGGCGUUUGGUGUAGAAUAUUAUGACGUCAUUCUUGUUGGGGCUCUCAAAGAAUGGCGGUCCACCACAGGCAGCCGAGCAAUUCUAGGCGAAAAGUUCAGGUUUCUUAUGUGAUCCGCGAUGAAGUGGAGAAAAAACACAGGUCAGGGGUCAAUGCACUUCAGUUUGACCCUGUCCUAAAUAGACUCUACUCAGCAGGCAGGGAUUCCAUUGUCAGAAUAUGGAACCUAGCUGAUGAAAAGGAGCAGUAUGUUCAAUCCAUGGAGCAUCACACUGACUGGGUGAAUGAUGUAGUCUUAUGUUGUGGUGGAAGAACAUUGAUAUCGGCAUCUUCAGAUACUACAGUGAAAGUAUGGAAUGCACACAAAGGCUUCUGUAUGUCAACGUUAAGAACACACAAGGAUUAUGUGAAAGCUUUAGCAUAUGCUAAAGAUAAAGAGUGGGUAGCCUCUGCUGGUCUGGACAAACAGAUCUUCCUUUGGGAUGUGAACACAUUAACAGCACUCACAGCUACCAAUAAUACGGUCACAACAUCUUCUCUGAAUGGUCAGAAGGAUUCUAUCUACAGUCUAGCUAUGAAUCAGUCAGGAUCAGUCAUAAUAUCAGGAUCAACUGAAAAGGUUCUGAGAGUAUGGGAUCCAAAGACAUGUGCCAAGAUCAUGAAGCUGAAAGGACACACAGAUAAUGUCAAGGCAUUAGUCAUCAACAGAGAUGGCACUCAGUGUCUGUCAGGCAGUUCAGAUGGUACAAUACGCCUAUGGUCUCUGGGUCAACAGCGCUGUAUAGCCACCUAUCGCAUCCAUGAGGAGGGUGUGUGGGCAUUGCGUGCCAAUGAAUCCUUCACCACAUUCUACUCUGGUGGUCGGGACUGCUAUGUCUACCAGACAGAUAUCAGGAACCCGGAUGCAAGCGAGCUGAUCUGUGAAGAGAGUUCUUCUGUCUUGAGGAUAGAGUUAGUACCACAGGAAGACGCCAUCUGGGUGGCUACCACCAGCUCUCAACUCAAUCAAUGGAGCCUAACAAGUAGAGGAGGCAGGAAUGUGGAUGAUUAUGACAAUGCAGGCACAGAAAAUGAAUGCCCUAAACCAAAGAUGACUGUAGAGGGAGGUUCAAGCAUCAGACAGUACCACAUACUCAAUGACAAGAGACAUAUCCUGACAAAAGACACCGACGAUAGAGUGGCUCUCUGGGAUGUGUUAAUGGCCAAGAAAGUGGAAGACCUUGGUCAUGCAGAUUUUGAAGUGGAAAUAAAGAAUAGAUUCCAGAUGAUUUACGUUCCAAACUGGUUUGCAGUAGACCUCAAGAUAGGAAUGCUGUGCAUACACUUAGAGGAGUCAGACUGUUUUGCUGCAUGGGUUUCUUCAAAGGAUAGUGGAUUAGGGCCAGCUGAUGCUCCUGAUAUUAAAGUUAACUAUGGAGGACUUGUCCUACAGGCCUUAUUGGAACAUUGGCCCAGAACACAUGCAUAUGAUCCAGACAGCAUCAACGGGCAUGUGAAUGGCAUCGACACCAGUACCGACGACAUUAACCUGACAGUCAACUCAUCAUCGCCGACCUCUCCGAACCCACCUCACACCGUCAUCAACAAGGGGAACAGCUACUUCAGUGUCUCUGCCCACACGCCUGUCAUCUUCAGUGAGGUCGGAGGUCGCACCCUCUUCCGUUUCCUGUGCCGAGAUGCCUGUGGAGAUUCAGAGAGGAUGCUACUCAAUGAGAAUGUGCCUCAGUGGGUGGUCUCUGUCACUGUAGAGCACAAUCAACCAAAGUUCAACAAAAUAUCAUUUUUCCUUCAACCUCACAACCCAUCUGGAAACAGAACCUUGAAAAAGGAUCGACUAUCAGCAAGUGACAUGCUACAGGCCAGAAAGGUUUUAGAGCAUGUGUAUGAGAAGGUGAUGGGAGCGUACACAUCAUCUUCAUCACCGCCAGCGGGGGCAACGAAUGGAUACGGGAAUGGAGAGGGAGGCGACAGGGAUUCUGAACUAAGCAGUAUCUCUGAAGAAAAAGUAGAGUUAUUAUGCCAGGACCAAGUACUAGAUCCCAACAUGGACCUUCGGACAAUCAAGCAUUUUAUCUGGAAGAGUGGUGGUGAUCUCACAUUGUUAUACCGCAGCAAGCAUCCAAAUGCAACCUGAGCAUAUUCCCUCAGUUCUGACAUUUGUGUUAAACGGUGAAUUAUAUGUGGUGCUUAGCCCCCUUUCAGACUACCUUGCAUAGACAGUGAAUGCAUGUGGCUGGAUGUUAAUGAUUCUGUGCAAUUUAUGAGGGCAGUGUAGUUAGGAGGGAGAAACAAACAGUAACUGCAGAUCUCAUAUGUUGCUCUACUGUAUCACCAAUGUCACCACUGCACAAGAGAAUAUGUGUGAACCAGUUCUAACGGUGGAUAAUAGUUGUCCUGCUCCCUGGGAAGCAGCUUACUGCAGCAAGUAUACCACUUCUGGAUAUCUAUCGGAUUGUCUCUUGUUUUCAUAUUGAAUAAGGAGCUUCUGAAUACCAGUGCCAUUCAGGAACAGAGCCAAGAUAUCUCUCUAUUUACUCCUUUGUCACACUCGACCUUCAUGGCAUCGAAGCCUUUCACUGUUUAGACUGAAUAAUAUCAUCAUAGAAUUACUCAAAAUAACACCCGGAAAGCAAUGCUCCUAGUAGGUUCAAAUGUGUAGCGUGUGACCCGUAUUCACAAAGCUGAACAAUUGAUCAUGGUGCUGAUUUCUACAAUUGAUUGCAUUGAUUAAUGUGUGUGAUCAAUCGUAAAAGUCAGCCCCAACGAUAAAUUGCUAAGCUUUAUGUUACUGGGCCCAGGGCACUGUUUUGUGAAAGGUGCCAUGAGGUGAUGUUUUCAGUGAUAUCCUUGGUUUUGAUUGGUUGAGAUGCACUGUAAUUAUGUUAAUGUCACUGAUGACAGCAAUCAUGGAGCAGUGUCCUGGGGCCCAUUUCACAAAGAGCUUUGAGCCUUAUUACCGUGGAAACUGCCAUAACAUAUCUCCGCAACUAAUUAAGGUUUUUAUGAUGAUUGCUAUAAUGGCAAAGUUACCAUAAUCAAUUUUUGUUUAAAACAAGGCUCAGAUGUCAUCAGACCUUUUGCCAUUUGCCGGGUUUGUACAUAAUUUGGGAAUUUUUACAAUGCUUGUGCACCUACGCAUUUUAUGUUUUCUGUGAAAGUAAACAGGUAACAAAUGGUGUAUGAUUAUGAGUUGGUUAUUGAAUCCUAAACAAAUCAUGUAUGCUAAAAUUAGGUACACAAUGCUUAUUAUGCAAACAUGUAAGUACUGUGCAUUAAAUUAAUGUUUUAGCUCUUGGUCGAUUUUGGCCAUGAGCUUGUCUUCUGCCAUGGCAUUACAGUCUCAAUUCUUUCAAAAUUGAAAAUUGUGUGAAUUGCUUUAGCUGAAUGCUAGAGGAACACCACAUCGUUUAUUGUGCUUAGCUUUGCCUGAAUUACCAAAUGGUAAAUUUCCUUUAUAGGCUUAUUAAGCAUUAAAGCAUAUUAAGUGAAAUGACAAAUUUUCUUGAGUUGAUUGCUUUCCUAUCAUAGACCAAAUGUUAUUUUGCAAAUAAGAAACAACCUAUUUUGAAUUGUCAGUAUCAUAAUGUGUGAUGUAUAAAAGAAAGUAAUUUAUUGAUUGUAAAUAAUGUCAUAUUUGCUUUAAAUCAUUUGUAUAAUUUCUUCAAAACAUUGGUUUGCAGGCUAUUUCAAUGUAAGCUUUGAAAUAUAUGGGAAAUGUCACGUUUGGAAAAUGCAUGAAAAGUAAUUUAUCAUUAUUGAUUCAAUUUUUGUGUCAUGUUGUUUCUCCCUUUUCGGCUGUUUACAUAUACUAGUGACUAUUAUUUGAGAUCUUUUAAACUUGCAUAAUGACUUCCUGCUGUCAGUUGUGAGCCAGCUAUUUUUGAAUGUCAAGAAUGAGUUUUGUACUGUUUAUAUGUUAUUCAAAGUUGAAUUCUAACCAAGUCAAACAAAUUUCUGUAGAUUUGACUUUUAACAGAAUUAGACAAAUCUAACAUCUAAAGCAAGAUGAGUUAUAUGUAAUGCUUUAUUGUACAACGCCUACUUAGCUUGUUGUACACGAGCAAAUGGGAGACUGAAUGUAAAAUAUUAGUACCAUUGCACACACGACGUACCAUCCAAAAUGUAUCGUCUAAAAUGUACAGUUGCACGGCUUUAGGAGGUGACGUCACAAUACGAUUCAAUUCAUUGCGCCCAGUAAAAAAAUCAAGGUGAAAUACAUGCUGCCCGAGGUCAUGUGCGCUUGUGGGAUUUACUUUUCGCUGUCAAUAUUUUUGCUCCCUUUUCAUAGAUUACCGCAGGGAAAAAACUAUCUUUUUUUCAUAUUUUCGCUAAACUCUGAGGCGUUGUACAACAAAAAUAGAGAAUAUUCUUAUUCGUGCAAUGGUGCGAGAUUUCGCAUGAGGUGAAAGAAAAAGACACUCUAUUCAACUAGGCUAAUGCCUCAUUGAAUAGACCAUCUUUCUUUCACCUCGUGCAAAAUCUCGCACCAUCGCACUCAUGCCUAUUCACUAUUGUAUACUAGCUCAAGACAGUACCUGUAUGUUUUUAUUCAUUAUACCUCUUCGUUCAGCAUAUUUGAUUUCAUGCAUCGCCAAUUCUUGUAUUGAAUAUUCACUAUUAGAUGUAUUUGACUUCUUGCUAAACAUGGCAUGCAACCGAAAGUAGAGUUCACACUUGUACAUUAUUACCAUUGUACAACAUCAACUCGGCUUGUUGUGAGUGAGCCUGUGUGAAUUGAAACAUUCAACAUUUGUAUCAUCACACAUUUACUCUACAUGUACCAACCAAAAUGUACCAUUUCAUAUAAAAGAUAUGGUGGUAUGCACACUGUAAUAUUCAGUGUGUGUUAUAUGAAAUUAGUUUCACCAGGGACCUCCCAGCUCCCUAGUUUCACUCUGUUUGGUUUCUUCGAUCAAAUAAACACCAACAACAGUAAGGUUGUAUCAGAUGUUUGUAAUUGUUUACAACUGGAAUGAAGAACAAGGUCAAUAAUUGGACCAAAAUAGUUUUAACUAGUAUUUAUGGAAAUUGUAUUGAGUCCUAUCCCUUUAUCUUCACUUUUUAAUUUAGAGUUUGAAGUAAUUGAGCUUGUGAAUCCCAAAUUAAAUUGAUCUAAUGAGCUUUUUUUUCAUUUUAAAAUGGUUGAGCCCUCUUUUUCAUGCUAUAUAAUGGGAUUUGUGCUCAGCAAUUAUAGAGUCAUGUACGUAGCUGGUCCCCCAAAAAAUACUUCAACAUUUAUGUUAUUUUGUGCAUUGAAAUGAUAUUUUUACUUUUGUUUGUUUCUACUACAUGUAAACAAAAUUUCAGCACUAUCAAACUUCAACAUAAUCUUAUAAUCCCCCAUGUACCUGUCAUUUUAAUUCAGAGCAAGUUCAAUAUUGCAAGGAUUACUGUUAUAUGAUCUUAUUUAUGGUGAAGUUUAACAAAUCAUAAGUCCAUAGGCUUAACUUGUAAUGAAAUUGUAUUAUUUUCCCAACUGUUGUAUACGGCCACAUACUAAAACUGUGUGCCUGAUAUGAUCCGGCGGUUUCCAUUGAUUUCAAUUGCAGCUCUG